AUUUGGAGGUUCUUUUUUUUUUUUAAUCCCCUGUACUGUGUAUGCUAGAGGAAGAUACUGGUGAUAGAAAAGGAGAAAGCAGCGGGCCUCCUACUGUUAGGCACAUCUCUCCAAGUUAAAAAGCCACCCUCUCCACCCUCUCCACUUGAGCUACCCGUGUAAUUAUCCCAAACCCACAGGGGCCCGCCGCUGCUGUGAAUAUGCUCAGCUGAUACGCAACUGUCAUAUAAACUGGAAUUCAAGAUCUCUCGCUCUCGGACUCUGCAUCUAGCCAAACCCAGGGUUGUGGUCCCUUACCGGAUACUGCCCUCCGGCCACAGUCUGCAGCUUUCUUGGCUUUAGAAAUGCAACUUUCCCUAUCUGCCCUCGUGCUCCGCCCAUGAUGCUUACUCACCACCCCAAGUGAUCUGCGGAGAGCCCUCUCAGCCAAGUCUGUUGUCCUAUAUUUGAACUACACCCCGACUCACUCCCACCGUAUUGUAGUCCUCAAAUUUAACCUAUUCACCUGGAAUUCCUUCCUUUCAGUCCUCCCCACAUCCCAGCAGCCAUGUCCAGUUUUAUAUCUCUAAAACAACAACCACAAACUACCUUCUCUGCAUGCUCCGAGGGACCUAUCUUAGGCCUCAUGUCAAAGCAGAAGCUCGAUAAAUCCUUGCUGAUGUGAAGAAAUCAUCUCGAUGAAGCAGCUGACGAGCUCCAGGUCCCAUGCCAAGCAUUUUAUAUAUACGAAAUCUCACAGAAAUCUUCCGAGAAAAAGGCGCUUCCAAGGGCGGAAGACUGUGAACCUGUCAAUUCCACUAAGUGAAGCGUCUUCCACCACACUGUCCCAUAUUGAUGAAUGCAUUUCUUCAUCUCCAACCUACGAGACCGUGCCCGAUUUUCAGAGAGUGCAGAUCACUGGGGACUAUGCCUCUGGGGUAGCAGUUGAAGAUUUUGAAGUGGUUUGUAAAGGUCUGUACCGGGCAUUAUGUAUCCGGGAAAAAUACAUGCAGAAGUCAUUUCAGAGGUUCCCCAAAACCCCCUCCAAGUACCUGCGCAACAUUGAUGGCCAAGCCUGGGUAGGAAAUGAGAACUUCUAUCCAGUCUUUACCCCUCCUCCGAAGAAGGGAGAAGACCCCUUCAGAGCAGAUAACCUUCCUGAAAACCUGGGCCAUCACCUCCAGAUGAAGGACGGUGUAGUUCACAUCUAUCCUAGUGAAGCAGCCGCCAGCAAGGAUGAGCCCAAGCCAUACCCGUACCCAAAUCUGGACGCCUUCUUAGACGAUAUGAAUUUUUUGCUCACUUUAAUUGCCCAAGGACCUGUAAAGACCUACACUCACCGGCGCCUGAAGUUCCUCUCCUCCAAGUUUCAGGUCCAUGAGAUGCUCAAUGAGAUGGAUGAGCUAAAGGAGCUGAAGAACAACCCCCAUCGAGAUUUUUACAACUGCAGAAAGGUGGACACCCAUAUCCACGCAGCAGCUUGUAUGAACCAGAAACAUCUGCUGCGCUUUAUUAAGAAAUCAUACUACAUCGAUGCUGACAGAGUGGUCUGUAGCACCAAAGAGAAGAAUCUGACCUUAAAGGAACUUUUUGAUAAAUUGAAAAUGCACCCAUAUGACCUGACUGUUGACUCUCUGGAUGUGCACGCUGGACGUCAGACAUUCCAGCGUUUUGAUAAAUUCAAUGACAAAUACAAUCCUGUGGGAGCGAGCGAGCUACGGGACCUCUACCUGAAGACAGACAAUGACAUUCAUGGAGAAUAUUUUGCCACUAUAAUCAAGGAGGUAGGAGCAGACCUGGUGGAUGCCAAGUACCAGCAUGCAGAGCCCCGCCUGUCCAUCUAUGGGCGCAGUCCCGAUGAGUGGAGCAAGCUCGCCUCCUGGUUCGUCCACAACCACAUCUACUGCCCCAAUAUGACGUGGAUGAUCCAGGUCCCGAGGAUCUAUGAUGUGUUCCGAUCCAAGAACUUCCUUCCACACUUUGGAAAAAUGCUGGAGAAUAUUUUCGUGCCAGUGUUUGAGGCCACCGUCAACCCCCAGGCUCACCCAGAACUCAGUAUCUUCCUCAAGCAUAUCACUGGCUUUGACAGCGUAGAUGAUGAAUCCAAACACAGCGGUCACAUGUUUUCCUCCAAGAGUCCCAAGCCCCAGGAGUGGACAGUGGAAAACAAUCCAUCUUACACUUACUAUGCCUACUACAUGUACGCAAACAUCGUGGUGCUCAACUGCCUGAGGAGGGAACGAGGCAUGAAUACAUUUCUAUUCCGACCUCACUGUGGGGAAGCUGGAGCUCUCACCCACCUCAUGAUAGCGUUCAUGAUAGCAGAUAAUAUUUCUCAUGGGCUGAAUUUGAAAAAGAGUCCUGUGUUACAGUACUUGUACUUCUUAGCUCAGAUCCCCAUUGCCAUGUCACCACUGAGUAACAACAGCCUAUUUCUCGAGUAUGCAAAAAAUCCAUUUUUAGAUUUCCUCCAGAAAGGGCUGAUGGUCUCACUGUCUACUGAUGACCCCAUGCAGUUCCACUUCACCAAGGAGCCCCUGAUGGAGGAGUAUGCCAUUGCUGCACAAGUCUUCAAACUGAGCACCUGUGACAUGUGUGAAGUGGCAAGGAACAGCGUCCUGCAGUGUGGGAUGGCUCAUGAGGAGAAAGCAAAGUUUCUGGGUGAGAAUUACCUCGAGGAAGGCCCUGUUGGGAAUGACAUCCGGAGGACCAAUGUAGCCCAGAUACGCAUGGCCUAUCGUUAUGAAACCUGGUGUUAUGAACUCAAUUUAAUUGCUGAAGGUCUUAAAUCAGCAGAAUAAAACAAAUAA